CUGAUUUUUAACCUUUAAGAAAAGGGUAUUCAAAUGAGUAUUCAUUAAACAAGAGUAGGGUUCCCAGCCAUGGAGAACUCGUCCUGCCGUCACGCUCUCAUUCCGAGUUCCCUCUACUCAUCGCCGGUAUUUGCGUACACUCCCAAACCUUUGUCAUCCGAGAUGAUUAUCGCUGAGUCAAACCUUAGCUUACCGCCUUCAUCUUCUCCGAGUAAGGGCUUCCUGAUUCCGUCUCCAAGCGAACCUAGCAAGAUCGAGCUCCACUCCCCUAAGUACUAUGAUGCCUGCACCGCUGGUGGUAUUUUGAGCUGCGGUCUCACUCACAUGGUUGUCACUCCUCUCGACCCCGUUAAGUGUAAUAUGCAACUUUCAAUCCUUAAGGUUUUGUCAGGAGAGGUGGAGCAGGUGCUAGUGUAAACGGAAGAUUCUGAGUUGCGACUGAGAAAACGGCAUUGCAUUCAACGUUCAAGAGUCAUUCACUGAUCAAGAAAUCAACGAGACACGAGAGCGUUGGGCAUCAUUUUUCUACGAAGCUACAGAUAUUUGAUAUAAUUAAUUUUAAGACUCUUAGCUAGUUUUUUAUGAGUCUUGUGAACUCAUAACCGUUAUUAAAAGUCCAUUAUAACCGUUAUUAAAAGUCCAUUAUAACCGUUAUUAAAUCCAUAUUUUCCAC